AUUUUUUUUUUUUAACUUGCUUUUGGUGUUUCUAAGCUCAGUUUGUUCUCCAAGCUGCGGAAAUCUCCACUCAAAAAGUCCUGUCUUUUCAGCAACAAUCACAAAAUAGAGGGCGAGAGGAGAGACAAAAAUGGCGACAAGAGCAGCUACAACUUCACUGUUGAGUAAUCCUUCAUUCGGCUCUUCGUCUCGAAGAACAUCUCAACAUAAAACUGGAAAUGCUGUUAGGGUUUUCACUGUCAUUCAAUGUUCUGCUUCUCUGUCUACCUCAAAUAGCUUUACUGAUACAACUCAAGGUCGUAAGGGAAAACCAUGGAAGAUAGCAGAUACAAGACUUGUACUUGAAGAUGGUUCGGUAUGGAAUGCUAAAUCUUUUGGUGCUUCAGGAACCCAAGUUGGUGAAGUUGUCUUCAAUACAUCCUUGACAGGGUACCAAGAGAUCUUGACAGACCCUAGUUAUGCUGGCCAGUUUGUUUUAAUGACAAAUCCUCAUAUUGGCAAUACAGGAAUUAACGUUGAUGAUGAAGAAUCACAACAAUGCUUCCUUGCCGGCCUAGUGGUCCGUAGUUUAAGUAUGAGUACUUCAAAUUGGAGGUGCACAGAACAUCUAAGUGAUUACUUGGCUAAAAGGAAUAUCAUGGGAAUAUAUGAUGUGGAUACACGUGCAAUUACUCGUAGAUUAAGACAAGAUGGAAGUCUCAGAGGUGUACUGAGCACAGAUGCUUCAAAAACUGACAAGGAUCUUCUUGAAAUGUCACAUAACUGGAGUAUCGUCGGUGUUGAUCUCAUAAGCGGUGUCUCCUGCUCUGCUCCAUAUGAGUGGGUAGAUAAGACAGGUUCUGAGUGGGAAUUCAACACUGCCAGUGGUGUUGGAAAGAGGUUUCAUGUUGUCGCAUAUGACUUUGGGAUCAAGCAUAACAUACUGAGGCGCUUGGCAUCUGCUGGAUGUAAAAUCACUGUCGUCCCUUCAACAUGGCCAGCUUCAGAGGCUCUAAAGAUGAAGCCAGAUGGAGUUCUUUUUAGCAAUGGUCCAGGAGACCCUUCUGCAGUUCCUUAUGCUGUAGAGACAGUAAAACAAAUAAUUGGAAAAGUUCCUGUUUUUGGUAUUUGCAUGGGUCAUCAACUGCUUGGCCAAGCACUUGGAGGUAAAACCUUUAAAAUGAAGUUCGGACAUCAUGGAGGAAACCAUCCUGUCCGUGAUAUCCGGAAAAACCGUGUUGAGAUCAGUGCUCAGAAUCACAACUAUGCAGUAGAUCCUGACUCACUUCCUGAGGGUGCACAAAUGACACACAUCAACCUAAAUGAUAAAAGUUGUGCUGGCCUGGCGUUUCCUGCGUUAAACAUUAUGUCACUUCAAUACCAUCCUGAAGCAUCUCCUGGACCUCAUGAUUCCGAUUCUGUUUUUGGGGAGUUCAUCAGUAUGAUGGAGCAAGCGAAACAGAAAGCAGAAUAAGACACCAUAGCUACAUCAUAAAAGCUUGCAAUGUUGGUGGAAGUUGCUUGACCUCACAGGAUCGCAUAUACUCCUGAAGGCUCAAGCCCCCUUCUUUUCUUUUUGUUUUUUCAAUGCUUCAUCUUCAUUGUAUUAUAUCUUUUUGUAGUGAUUUUUCCUCCUUGCUGACAUUUAUAUUGCAUUGUAUGGCCAAUUAUCAAACCACUUACUGUGAAAAAGGUGUAUGAUUUUCCGAAUGGGUGUUAAAACACUAGCAUAGAAAACGAACUUGUAGAUUUCCCAAUUUCUCGACUAACCAUCCCUCAGUGAUUGUAGGGUUUCAUUCAAUGACUUGACCAACCAGACCCUAUUAUGUUCUGUUCCACUUCCCUGCGCUAUCAUAUCAGAUUUUGCUGAGAUUAAUCAUCGGUGGAUGUAAACGGGAUUACCGUUCUACUCGCUGCUCACUGCACUACAGAACUAUUCAAGGAAAGCAGAAAUUUUAUUACAUAAACAGAUAAAAGUGAAAAAGUACCACUGCAUAGUGUUCUUUUUUCUGAUAAGAGGUUAUUUCUACAGCUGUAUUCCAUUAAUCAUUCUUCUUAUCUCUCUCAGGAAAUAUCCCUUCAAGUCUACAGCUUUCUCUAAUUCUGUAAUAGUAUUAUUCCCUUUAUCUUCAACAACUUGGCCACUAGCCAAGAUGUCUUCACUAGUUCCCUGCAAGAACCCUCUCAAAAGAAAGAUCUCUCUUACUCCUUCAUCUGGUUCAACUGAUCAACAAGGUUCUCCAUUGAGCAGCAUAUCACCUGGUUCCUACACUCACUGUCUUUACAUCUCCGAUGAAUUUGAGACUACUAAGAAGGAAGUCUUCAGAACUUUCCCUCAUCAGAACCCACAUUUCAAGCCACUCGAGAAGUACUCUCCUAGUAUUCGUGAUGCUAUGAAGGUAGCACUAGAGUUGGACUUUGUUCAUCUCGCUACUACUUUUACUCGAGCUGUAGAUCCGGUGGAGUUUUACAAAGGUACAUGGGAUUACAGCUCUCAACUGUCAACUUUGGAAGAGAUGGGGUAUGAUGUUAAGAAGAUCUGGGAGAAGUUUGAUGAGCUCAGGAGUAUUGCAGCAGAUGAAAUAGUUAACAGAGAAAACAAAGAAGAACUUAAAUCAAAGAUGAAAGAUUUAGAAGUCAAAGCACAUUUCACUGAGAACAGGUUGUCUGAGUUAAGAAAAGAGAUGAUAUUGUUGGAAGCUAAUGCAAAGACUCAAGAGACAGAAACUCAGAAUCUCAAGUCUAAGGUCAGGAGGUGCACUUUAAAAGAACAGGAGAACUUGGUUAAUUUUAAAACAGCUGCAACAAAACCUUGGUAGUAAUUCUAGCAGUAGCAGCAAGGACUGUUUUUUUCACUUCAGUAGUAGUAGUUAGUAGUUAGUAGUAGAAGAAGAAGAAGGAAAAUAGGAAUGAGUUGGUGGUAGCCGGUAGGAACUUAAAUCUCUGUUGUAAAAAGACUUAUUUCCUUGAAUGAAGUUUAGUUUUUUA